AUGGUUGAUACAACCACUGAAAAUCUUCAAAAUGUUUCAGUGCCUAACUGUUUGUCAGUGCCAUAUGUUUAUGAUGGUUACACCACCAUCUCCGCAGAUCCUUUGAGAAUUGAGCUAGCAGACGUUAUUAAGAAAGUGCUAGUCAUAAAAAACUCUAGACCAAAAUUUGAGUCGCAUGAGAUUGAAGCUAAUGACAUGUCUAUAUUGGUGGAUAAUCUGUUGGCGAAAAGACCUGCAAAAUCAGCAGAUAUGAGAUCUGGGGUGUCUAAGAUGUCACACAGUUCCUCUUGGACAGGUCCUAAUUCUAUUUUUGGUGACAAUUCAACAAUCAUGGAAGAUGGGGUGAGACUAGAUCCUAUUCAAGAUGUGGUAAAUCCUUAA